AUGUUUUCAAACCAUCGACAUCCUGCACAACCGCUGCAGGGCACCGCCACUACUACAAUCACAACCACUGCGAACGGCAGCCCCCAAUCUUCUCAGCUCGUCUAUGCCUCGCCGGAUGCCUCAAGAAUCGGGCAGAAUGUGGACACACACAACCCCCACGCCGGAGAAUCGGCGCGCUCAAAUAAUGAUCACAACCUGAUGCCUUCUCAAUACAAGCUUCCUGAACAGCACCCUCGUCACCUAGAGAACGGGCGAACGUAUCAUGGAUACCGGAAAGGCGUUUACAUGCUACCGUGCGACGAUGAAGAGCAAGACCGCCUUGAUUUGUUUCACAAAGUCAUCACAGAAGCUCGAGUUGGCGACGGCUUAAUAUAUGCCCCUCACCCCCCAAAUGCGCGUGUAUUGGACCUGGGCUGCGGCACCGGAAUUUGGGCAAUCGAUGUAGCUAACAAAUAUCCCGACAGCUUCGUGGCUGGCAUGGACCUCGCUGAUAUCCAGCCUGAGAACUGCCCUAAGAAUUGUGACUUCUAUGCUCCGCGAGAUUUCGAGUAUCCAUGGGCAUUGGGUGAGGACUACUGGGAUUUAAUUCAUAUGCAGAUGGGAAGUGGCAGCGUCACUAGCUGGCCAUCGCUCUACCGUCGAGUAUUCACUCAUUUGCGUCCGGGAGGAUGGUUCGAGCAGGUAGAGAUCGAUUUUGAGCCGCGAUGCGAAGAACGUUCCCUCGAGAAUACGUCCAUGCACAAAUGGUAUCAGUACCUAAAACAGGCCACCGAGAUGUCUGCACGACCAAUAGCCCACAGCGUUAGCGAGACAAUGGCGGCACUGGAGAAACAAGGAUUUGUGAACAUUGACCAUCAGAUUGUUGGACUUCCGCUGAAUCCAUGGCAUCACGACGAGCACGAAAAGAAAGUUGGUCGGUGGUAUAAUCUUGCCAUUUCCGAGAGCGUUGAGACGAUGAUCCUCGCUCCUCUGCAUCGGGUAUGGGGAUUCUCAAAAGAACAAAUCCAGCAACUAGCCCUGGAAGUGAAAAGGGAAGCUUACAACAAGGAGAUACGAGCAUAUAAUAUACUUCACAUCUAUCAAGCGAUGAAACCGGAGACCCCACCGGGAAAUUGA